GGAACGAAGCCUCGCUCCCUGCAACAAACCACGAAAUCGCUGCCACGAUUCCUCGUCGAUGCGACCCUGGGGUUGAAACAGAUCCACCACGACCUUCACACCAGCUUGAUCCCUGUUGGGUAGGCGUUUUUUCACUCUGCGCUGCCUCAAUUAGUCGUGCUCAACGCUUCAGUGUGAAGCGCCGAUGAUGCGAAUGUAAACGUCUUGCUUCUGCAAAAUUGUGAUGACGAAAUCGCGUUGCAGGGUAUUCUUCGGCAUGGCUGGGGCGUGACACCUUCCGCAAGUCUGUUUGCUAAAUGAGUUCGGAAGUGGAGGUUCCUGAAGUGGAUUCGAGAUACGGGGAUCAUCAGCUCGACAGAAGCCUUAAACCCAGCAGACCCCCCGCCCCCCACGUUUCAUUUGCCAGUUCUCUUGUGGGGUGUCGGAGGAGGACUCAUCAUCUUCUGAGAAUAACGAUUUUCUUUGAAGAACUGCUUGCGCAGCGAUCGUCUGUUGACAGUAAUGAGGGCGGCCACGCUCGUGGUGAUUGUAGGAGCCUACCUAUUCGUGCUAUUUUGCUUGGUAUCUUGUUGCACAGGGUUGGUUUAUUUGGCGGAGCUCGUGGAAGAGUACACUCGUCUUACAAGGAGGAUUAUUAAUUACGUCAUCAAGUUUGUGAUCGCGCUCCAUGUGAUCUUGUUGGUCGUUGAUGGGCUUCCUGUGGUUUCUAUCGGCGUUGGAAUUGUCUCCCAUGUGUUCUACUACCGGAUGCUGAAAACGUUCCCUUACAUUUCCCUUACGUCAUGCGAUUUUCUUGGAAGCGCGGGCCUGCUGAUUUUAAGCCAUGUGGUUUGGAUCCGCUUCUUUCAAACUGAUCCGAGAUGCGCUUAUGUCAGUACGCUGUGGAUGCUUGGGUUCAUAGUUGUUAUGGUAUGGGUAGUGCCAUUCGCAUUUCUUGUCUCUCUGGCGUCGAAUGAGAGCGUGUUGCCUGGUGGAAGUAGCUUGGGAGGGUUUGGAAGCAGCGAUCCUGUGUCUCAUGGAAAUGGUGCGCCGAGACGAAAGGGCAGGCAGCAAAGCACUGUCAUAGGGUUGCUGAAUUACUUGAAGAGUAAGCGUGACGAAGUGCUACCCAUGGUGUCUCAGGUUGUCCCUUCGUCCCGCAGAAACGUAUGAAUUGCAUUCUGCGGGGUUUAUCUCAUCGCCCCAUCGAUUGUAAUGGAUGCAGCAGCAGCUGAUUCGGAGUGUGCUGCAGAAAACAUUGAUAAACAACAUGGAGCACAAACUGUAGGUGGCGAUUCCUGGUGCAACAUCUCAGUGCUUGGAACUUGAGGUCGCCGCUCAUGUAAUUUGUCUUGAUCUCCCCGACAGAGUUGUGGUGUCUGUUCAUCGUGUGGAUCGUACUGCAUGAACAUGGCGUUCAAUCACCGCAUUGGCUUUAGAACCUAAUCUCAAUUUCUGCCUUCCUGCUCUUGCGGUUUUGCAGUUUAAUGUGGAAUUCAUAUCUUCUGCUACUCCAGCUACAAUUGCAAUCACAUUUGUACGUUCUCAUACAUACCAUGGAUUACAUGGAGCAGCAUAGAAUAUCCUACGAAGGGUGUAUCUUGUUUGUGGCGGCCGUCGAGUUUCUUCUACCUGCAUGAUCCCUUUAAUGAAAUACAUCUCUUCCUUUUGAGCUUAGGAGCAACUCAACAAGGAUGGAAAUUGCGGGGUGACCGGGUACAGUUUUUCUUUCAGAAUCCAAACUUGAGGAAAUCAUGGAAGCUGUAAUGCAGUACUCUAAAAUAGAGCUUCUGCACAAUUGCUCAUUCGAUGUGGUUUUUUAACGGCACUGUCUUUCUGUUUUGACUUGUAGAGCAGUGUCAAUAGAUUACACGAGUUAGGGAACGGCUUACUAUGACAUGUACGUGCUCUGAUGUAUCACAGUACUACUUGGCUGAUUUUCUCCAAUAAGCAGAAAAUUAUGAUUUAAGUCAGUUGUAUUUGAUCAAUGAAUGCCUGUUCCCCUUG